AUGAUGAAUGCGACAAACUGCAGCAACCCAACAGAAGAGUACGAGAUUUACCUUUUCCCAGCGGUCUACAUCCUCGCUUUGCUUGUGGGUCUGCCGGGCAACCUAGCAGCCCUUUUUGUCUUCUCCUUCAGGACCACUCCCCGCACGGCCUUCAGUGUCUACAUCAGCAACCUGGCAGCGGCGGACAUCAUCAUCCUCUGCGUUCUUCCCUUUCGGAUCCACUACCACAUCAACAGGAACAACUGGAUCUUCGGGGACUUCACCUGCCGCAUCACGGGGAUUCUAUACUACUCCAACAUCUACAUGAGCAUCUGCUUCAUGACCUGUAUCUGCGUGGACCGCUACAUGGCCACGGUGCACCCGCACAAUUACCUGAGGAUGCGAAGCCCCUUUUGCUCUGUGGUCGCGAGCGUGGUCCUCUGGUGCGUUGCUGGAGUGGCCAUCCUGGUCUUCAUUCUCAUGGGGCCUCUAAAAACCAACACAGACAAAUCUGGAGGCCUCAGCUGUUUUGAAAACUUUGCCAAGGAAGAGUGGGACGACCGUAUGGGGCCGUACAGCGUGCUGGGCCUCAUCUUUGGCUCUCUGCUGCCCUCCAUGAUCACCCUGAUAUGUUACCCUCUGGCCGCCAAGCGCAUUUCUAUGAUACGAACUAGAACAGCCCAAAAAGCUGUGAGGGUCAUCAACACCAUCCUGGCUAUCAUGGUGCUCUGCUUCCUGCCCAACCACAUCGUGUAUCUGCUGCACCUCCUUUACCGCAGGGGGGUAAUCCAAAGCUGCUCUUUUGGCAGAGCCACCUACAACGCCCGGCGGGUCACCAUGGCACUCAUCACUCUCAACACAUGUCUGGACCCUCUUCUCUACUAUGUCACCACCAACCACUGCAAAUGGGAGCGAUUAAAGAUGACAUGGCUGUGGGGGGUGGUGAGCCGGAGAAGGGGGGUUUAUGCCAUUGCAGUGAACUGAGCGGGGAGUGGAGCCAACAACAUACAUACUGUAAAUACAGCUGUAAAUAAAUAACACUCUGUAUAAACUUCAUCAUCAGUGGAUGUGAAACUGGAGUACUGCAAAGACUUUUCUGGAAAAAUGUUUAUUUGUACAUCAAAAUAAAAGAAUAAAUCAGAAUUUGA